UUAUUAAAAUAUUACAAGAGUGACAGUUGUAUACUGGCUGUGUGGUUGUGUUAGUUAGCUAGCUAUUUCAAUUCCCUAAGCUUCCAACUUUAAUGUCAUAAACACAACUUGUUUCCCAAAAAAAUUCAUUACUACACACUCACUCACUCACCUUAACAAACCUAAAACUUCCAAAAUCUUGAAAAACACAAAAACCCCAUCUUCAAAAUCACAACCUUUUUCCCAAAUUUUACUUUUUUGUUCAUCUUGUAUACAUCAGGUAUGGCCUUUUUUGGGUUUGUUUUAGCUCAAUUUGACAAGAAAAUGAGUUUUUGCCAUAUGGGGUUUUUGUUUUCAGUCUUGUAAUGUUGUAUUUUUGAGUAAAAAUGUGUUCUUGGUAAAGGGUUGUUGUUGUUUUAUGCUAGCAUUGUGUGUGAUUUCUUAGUUUUUGGUUAUUGGAUUAUGUUUCCUUUGUCCUGUUUUCUGAGCUGUAUUUUUGAGUAAAAAUGUGUUCUUGGAAAAGGGCUGUUCUUGUUUUCUGCUAGGAUUGUGUGAUUUCUCAGUUUUGGUCUUUUUUUACCAAUAGACUGUUAUCUGAGUUGUAAAUUUGAAUAAAAAUGGUUUCUUUAAAAGGGUGGUUGUUGUUUUCUGCUAGCAUUGUGUGUUUUCUCAGUUUUUCAUCAUUGGGUUUUGCUUCUUUUACCCCAAUAGACUGUUUCUUGAUUAGCUGUGGUGGAAAUAAAUCUAUACAAGUUGAAGAUGGAAGGGUUUUUGAAUCUGAUUUUGGGGAUUCUGAUGUGGUGUUGUCAACAGAUUCACUUAUAACUGUGUCAAAUAAUGUAAAUGGUUUGUUGUCUGAACUUCAUAAUUCUGCUAGAGUGUUUACUGAAAGUUCAGUGUAUACUAUUAGUACAAAGCAGAUUGGUAGACAUUGGUUAAGGUUGCAUUUCUAUCCUGUUAAGAACAAUAAACACAACCUAAAAUCAGCUGUUUUUUCUGUUGUGGCUAAUGGGAUUACAUUGCUUCAUGAGUUUUCCUUUUCAAGAUUGGGGAAAAAGGAACCUUUGUUGAAGGAAUACGUAAUCGAAAUAGGUGGAUCGAGUAGUUCGGGUAAUUUAGUACUUACAUUGUCUCCAGCUAGUGGCUCAGUUGCAUUUAUCAAUGGGAUAGAGGUGGUCUCUAUGCCUGAGGGUCAGUUUGAUUUCAGUGUUGAACCUAUUCCGAGGGGGCCAGGUUUUGUUGUUCCGUCCUCGGUUGCUUUAGAGACAGCUUAUAGAGUGAAUAUGGGGGGUCCAAGAUUGACACCAAGAAAUGACACUUUGUGGAGGAUGUGGAAUUCAGAUCAUACGUUUCUUGUUAAUCCUGCUACUGCUCGGAAGGUGAGUAUGGAUCCGAAAUCAGUCAAGUAUCCGGCAGGUGAGUCCGUUGAUAUUGCACCGAACUGGGUGUAUGCCACUGCACAAGAAAUGGCAGAUGCCAAAGUAAUAGAUCAAAAGUUCAACAUGACAUGGACGUUUCCAGUCGAACAUGGAUUCAUUUACUUCAUUAGGAUGCAUUUCUGUGAUAUUGUUAGUCUUUCUCUUAACAAUUUGAUCUUCGAUGUGUACAUCAAUAACCAAACUGCCGUGGAAUCGUUGGAUAUCUCAACAAAGACGAUGGCAUUGUCAGCUGCUUACUUUGUGGAUUUUGUAGUGAAUAUGUCAAUGGGCUCGAAUAAAAUUUUCGUUCAAGUUGGUCCUUCUAAUUUGAGGAUUACUCCAGCCAAUGCUAUUCUAAAUGGUUUGGAGAUAAUGAAAAUGAGCAAUCCCAGUAGCAGCCUCGACGGAAAAUUUGUAGGAUAUUUCAGCAAUUCCGAAAGAUCAAAUACUAAGAGACAUGUAAUGCUAAUAGUCUUUGCUAUCUUAGGAAGUUUAGCAGGUUUAUUGCUCAUUGCAGUGUCCUGUUUUCUCUGUUUCGUUUGUUUCCGUAAGCCAAAGAUGGUGAAACAAAAAUCUUUAUCAUGGUUAUCUUUUCCAAAUCAUAUUGGAAUUUCAGAAACUAAAAUCUCAGCAGGUAGUUUUGCUUCAACAACACCUUCACGGACGUUGGGGCGUAUCUUCGCCUUCUCUGAGAUUCGUGAAGCUACAAAGGACUUUGAUGAGAGCUUGGUCAUUGGUGUCGGUGGCUUUGGCAAAGUUUAUAAAGGGGUGUUAGAAAAUGGGGUAAUGGUUGCUGUAAAGAGGGGAAAUAGCAAGUCUCAACAAGGACUUGUUGAGUUCAGGACAGAAAUCGAGAUGUUAUCCAAGCUACGCCAUAGACACCUGGUUUCUUUAAUUGGCUACUGUGAGGAGCUAAAUGAGAUGAUCCUUGUAUAUGAAUUCAUGGCAGGCGGACCGCUCAGAAAGCACUUAUACGGAUCAGAUUUUCCUCAUCUUUCGUGGAAACAAAGACUAGAAAUUUGCAUCGGAGCUGCGAAAGGAUUGCAUUAUCUUCACACUGGUGCAGCUGAGUGCAUCAUCCACCGCGAUGUCAAGACUACCAAUAUUUUGUUGGAUGAGAAUCUCACAUCAAAAGUGGCUGAUUUUGGUUUAUCAAAAUUUGGCCCCGCGUUAGAUCAAACUCACGUGAGCACAGCCGUGAAGGGAAGUUUUGGUUACCUCGAUCCAGAGUAUUAUCGUAGACAGCAACUGACAGAGAAGUCUGAUGUCUAUUCAUUUGGAGUAGUACUCAUGGAAGUCCUAUGUGCACGUUCAGCAAUCAAUCCUUCACUCCCACGAGAACAAGUAAACAUAGCCGAGUGGGCAAUGCAUUGGCAAAAAAAGGGACAAUUGGAGCACAUAAUCGAUCCUUAUCUUGCAGGAAAAGUGAGCCUCGAUUCACUCAGGAAAUAUGGUGAAACCGCGGAGAAGUGUUUGGCUGAGUAUGGUGUUGAAAGACCAUCGAUGGGGGACGUUCUUUGGAAUCUUGAAUACGUUCUUAACUUACAAGCUGCUGCCAGACAAUCUUUAGAAGAUGAAAACAGCAAUGGUAUACCAGAUAUACCUUACUCAAUUCCCUGUGUUGAGUCGGGUGAGGCUGAUGAAAUCGACAUUGUUAGCCAUGGUGAAUCAGAUGUAACAACUUCAUCUGGAGUGUUCUCUCAAAUAAUGAAUCCAAAAGGAAGGUAAAGAAGAAGCUUGUAUUGAAAAUUGUGGUUAUAGUGUGUUCAUUUUUUUUUCAUACUAUAAGUAGAUUUAUACCUUAUAUUAUUAUACAUCUCAGGAUGCAUUUUUAUGUAUGGCUUUACACAGUUUACAUUAUGAAUCAAUGGUAGUAAUGCUCAUGUUGUAAUUGUCUUUUUCAAGAUUCUUUCAGUUGUGUUUUCA